UCUGUUGGACAGUUGCAUCUCUAAAGAGAUUGGAGUUGGGUUUAGCUGUUGAGGUUUCACAUCAUGUAUGAACCAACGACAAAACAUCAGUAGAGUUGUGUGAUAGACUGAAUAAGCUAAACAAAACAAAAACAUCUCUAUGCGAUUGAGAUUCAGAUUGGGAUGAGCCAAUUUUGGAGUGUGUGGUUCAUCGGUUUCCACGUCCACUACAUAUCCACAUUUGUAACCAAAGCCCGGAAGUUUUGGAGCCAAGCUGUCCACUAUUCAUUUAAAUUUCACACUUUAAGAUUUGUUUUCCUUGAUUAAGGUUUUUAAAGACUCUUCUUUAAUGGCUUCCAUGUCUACUAGAUUUGUUGUUAAAGAUUGUACUAAGUUACAUGCUUCGCGCGCUAUCUCCACACCAACCAGCACUUCAGUCUCUUCUAGGAGGCUGCAGGCUCAUCUGGAUCCCAGGGGCGUGUUUUCAAUGCCCGAGAAUGCAAAAAGUUUGGCAAUAAAAAACAAGCCUCGAAGUUCCAUUGUCUCCCUUUCAGCCCCUUACUCGAUCAUUCAAUGUUCAAGGAACUCCCAAGUUUUGUGCAAGUCUGCUGCUAAUGUAUCUGGAGAUGUUCCCAAUAACACUUCUAGUGGGAUGAGUCAGUAUGAGAGAAUAAUUGAAACUUUGACUACUCUUUUUCCUGUCUGGGUCAUACUGGGCACCAUAAUAGGCAUCUACAAGCCUGCUGCGGUAACCUGGUUGGAGACAGACCUUUUCACUCUCAGUCUGGGUUUCCUUAUGCUUUCAAUGGGGUUGACAUUGACCUUUGAGGAUUUCAGACGAUGCUUGCGGAAUCCAUGGACUGUGGGUGUAGGGUUUCUCGCUCAAUAUUUAAUCAAACCCAUGUUAGGCUUUGUCAUUGCACUGUCCCUAAAACUUUCUGCACCACUUGCAACUGGUCUUAUUUUGGUUUCAUGCUGCCCUGGUGGUCAGGCUUCAAAUGUUGCAACUUAUAUCUCAAAGGGAAAUGUAGCACUUUCUGUCCUUAUGACAACGUGCUCAACUAUUGGAGCUAUAGUCAUGACUCCACUCCUUACUAAGCUUCUUGCCGGUCAGCUUGUUCCUGUUGAUGCUGCUGGACUGGCUAUUAGCACUUUUCAAGUUGUCUUAGUGCCAACAAUUAUUGGAGUGUUGUCAAAUGAAUUCUUCCCCAAGUUCACUUCAAAAAUUACCAGUGUGACACCCUUAAUUGGAGUUACUCUUACCACCUUACUUUGUGCAAGCCCUAUUGGGCAAGUUUCAGAGGUCUUGAAAACUCAAGGUGCACAACUAAUUUUGCCAGUGGCUGUCCUACAUGCUGCUGCAUUUGCUCUCGGUUAUUGGAUUUCAAAAAUAUCAUUUGGUGAAUCCACUUCUCGUACCAUAUCCAUUGAAUGUGGAAUGCAGAGCUCGGCACUUGGAUUUUUUCUUGCCCAGAGGCAUUUUACAAACCCCCUUGUGGCUGUCCCUUCUGCAGUUAGUGUUGUUUGCAUGGCGCUUGGUGGGAGUGCUCUUGCAGUCUUUUGGAGGAAUAGGCCGAUUCCGGUAGAUGACAAAGACGACUUCAAGGAAUAAAAUACCUGGUGUAUAGUGUUUUCUCUGUAUUGCUAGUACUGAGUUUUCUUAGUUCUAAGCGGAUUGGAAAAGUUUUGGAUUCAAGUAGUUAUUCCAUCUUUUGCUCAUAGGAAUAGCCUGAAAAUGUGAUAACCGAAACAUGUAGAAAUAUUGGAAAAUUAAAGACGGGUAGUAGCCUGUCAGACCAUAAACAAUAACGUAGAAUUUUGUGUGGAGUCCCGUUUA